AUGCAAUUAAUUAAUCCUGUUUUCUUAAAUAAAUGGAACCAUGAAUAUUCCAUUUUAUCACUAGUUGCAUAUCCUAAAAAGAGAUUAUUAUUUGCAGGUACUCAAGAUUCAAAAAUCUUGGUAUUCAAUCUUUACACCUACAAUUUAAUCAAAACUAUUCAGUUGGGUCAAUCUUUGGAAACUAAUAUUAGCUCAAGUGUUCUUUAUUUGACUAGUUCGGAAGAUGAAAAUUACUUGUUUUCAGCUAGUGCAGACUCUUUAGUAAGAGUUUGGUCAAUUGGAAAUGAAAAUGUAAGUAACGGUAGUUCAGUUACAAUUCAAGACUUAGCUACUAUAUAUUCUAUUACAGAUAUUGGUGACAUUUUCUCAUUACGUUAUUUAGACUCAUUAGACACGUUAGUUUUGGGUUGCCAAGAUGCAAGUUUACUUUACUUAGAUAAGACUAUUGAAAGAAUUAAAAAUAAAAACUCAGCGACCUUAGAAACUGAUUGGAAUAAGUUACCCCACAGAAGAUAUGAUAAGUUUUUCGACUCCAAAGGUCCAACAGGUACAUCAAAUCCAACAUCCAUGGAAUCUUUAUCAACAUCAAUAACUUCUGCAACUAAUUGCAUUAUUGAAAUUCCCGCUGAAAAUAUCAUUAAAUAUGCACAUAAUGGUUUCAUUUAUUCAAUUUGUAAAUUAGACAGCAAUAGCAAUAGAUUAUUAAAUGAAUUACAUAUUCAUGAUACAAAUAUUUCUGAUAAAAGUUCUGUUUCAAAAUUAUAUAAGAAUUGUGAACAUAUCAUUACUGGUGGUGGUGAUGGGCUCAGUAAAAUAUGGAUGUUUUAUAGAGGUCUUAAUGGCAAUAUUAAAUUACAGUUACAGCAUGAAGGUAUGGAUAAUAAAGAUUGUGUUCUAUCCCAGGCAAUUGAAUUUCCCUUUUUAUAUUGUGGUUUGAUUGAUGGUUAUAUAAAGAUAUGGGAUUUAAAUACAAAACAGUUAAUCUCUGCCUUAGCUACCAAUGAAAAAUCAGAUAUAAUUUCAAUAUCUGUAUAUAAAGAUCAUAUAUUUGCCAUUAAUGAAUCAGGUAUUACAUUAUUCCAUGACAAUAUGACUUGGUUUUGGAAUCCAAACCAAGGUAAAGUAUUUACCUCGGAUAUUAUGGAGCAAAAUAAAAGUAACAAUUCAUAUUAUAAAUCAAUGAAUCUACUCACAGGUGGUGAUGAUGGUUCAUUGACAAUAUGGAACUUAGAUGAUUGUUUACAUGAAAAUCCAUACGGGCCAGGUAUACAUCAACCAUCUUGUAAUCCUAUGCAUACUACUCCAUCUGGGUGUUCAAUGUCUUGGACUCAUUAUCAGCCUGCUAAAUUAGAUACAGAAGAUAUGAUCAGGACUCUUAAGGAGCUUGUUGCAUUUAAAACUGUCUCCCAAUUUAAAGACACUUCUCAGUUAUUAGCUUCCAGAAGGUGUGCAGUACACAUUCAACAAUUAUGCGUUAACAUGGGUGCAGAAAAGACACAGUUGAUACCGACAGAAGAUGGUAAAAAUCCCUUAGUAUUCGCUCAUUUCAAAAGUAAUAGUGUUUGUAAAGAAGCUAAAGAGGAAAAGAGAAAAAAAAUUAUCUGGUAUGGUCAUUAUGAUGUAAUUUCAGCUGGUGAUCCGGAUCUAUGGAAAACUGCUCCAUUCGAAUUGACAUGUGAAGAUGGUUAUAUGAAAGGCCGUGGGGUUAGUGAUAAUAAAGGACCUAUAGUAGCUGCUAUAUACAGUGUAGCUACUCUUUUUCAGCAAAAUAAUCUAGCAAAUGAUGUGUAUUUCUUAAUUGAAGGCAAUGAGGAAACUGGUUCUCAAGGUUUAAAGAUGGCAUGUGAAAAGCUUCAAUCAUUGAUUGGUGAUGAAGUUGAUUGGAUUCUUUUAAGUAAUUCUACGUGGAUUGACAGAAAACAUCCAUGUAUGAAUUAUGGUUUAAGAGGUGUAAUCAAUGCCAAGAUAACUGUGACUAGUGAUGAACCAAAUAGGCAUUCCGGUGUUGAUGGUGGUGUACACGUAGAGCCUGCUGCUGAUCUGAUUUAUGUAAUUUCAAAAUUGCGUAAUGAGAAUAAUCUAAUUUCUAUUCCAAACUUCUAUGAUUCAUUAAAGCCUUUAAGUUCUGUAGAACAAGAUAGAAUGAAGCAAAUAUUGGAAAUAGCAGAUUUUGAAAAAAAUGUUACCCUAUCUGAAAUUGUUACAAGAUGGACUAAACCAUCCUUAUCUAUCACAACACUAGAAAUGAGUGGUCCUGGUAAUAUCACGGUUAUUCCAAAAUCUGCAUCAAUAGGUGUCUCAAUCAGAUUAGUACCUGAGCAAUCUAUGGAUUCUGUAAAAGAAAACUUUGUGAAAUUUCUAGAAGAUAGUUUUAAAUCUCUUAAUUCACCUAAUCAUCUCAAAAUAUACAUUGUCAAUGAAGCAGACGCUUGGCUAGGUGACCCAACAAAUCAUGCUUAUUCGAUUAUUAGUAAAGAAAUUGAAAACACUUGGAACAUUGAACCGCUUUUUGUUCGCGAGGGUGGAUCUAUUCCAUGUAUAAGAACAUUAGAGAAGUUGUUCAAGGCUCCUGCUGUUCAAAUACCAUGUGGUCAAUCUACCGAUAAUGCUCAUUUGGAUAAUGAAAAUUUACGCAUAAAAAACUUCACCCAAAUGGCAAAGAUUCUAUCAAGCAUUUUAAAUAAGUUGUGA